AUGGAGCGAAGCCACAUCUUCUCCACUCUGCCACCCAACAGCAGUGUGUGGAGCCCAGGGCAGCCGGCCCCCAGCCUCCAGCACUGCCCCCUGGGACCACUGCCUGUCAUCUACUACAGCACCCUGCUCUGCCUUGGCCUGCCCGCAAACAUCCUGACAGUGACUGUCCUGUCCCAGCUGGUGCUCCGAUGCCAGAAGUCCUCCUACAGCUACCUCCUGGCCCUGGCGGCCGCCGACAUCCUGGUGCUGCUCCUGGUUGUGUUCGUGGACUUCCUGCUGGAGGACUUCAUCCUGGGAGCGCCUCUGCCCCCGACCCUCAACAAGGCGGUGCAGGUGCUGGAGUUCUCCUCCAUCCACACCUCCAUCUGGAUCACCGUGCCGCUGACGGUGGACCGCUACGUCGCUGUCUGCCACCCGCUGCGCUACCACACCCUCUCCUACCCAACCCGCGCUCGGCGCAUCAUCCUGGCCGUCUACUUGGGUGCUCUGCUCUCUAGCGCCCCCUACUACUGGUGGCCGGACCUGCGGCGGGAGCCGCCGGGCGCAGCCGUCACCCCCGGGCAGCACGCGCUGGUGUGGACACACUGCAUCACCGUCUACCUGGUGCCCUGCGCCAUCUUCUUCGCCCUGAACUCCGCCAUUGUGCGCCAACUCCGCGGCCGCCGCAGCGGCUUCCAACUCGGGGGCUGCCCCACGGGCAAGACCACUGCCAUCCUGCUGGCCAUCACCUCCGUCUUCGCCGCCCUGUGGGCCCCCCGCACCGCCGUUAUCCUCUACCGCCUCCACACGGCCCCGCCCGCCGGUCCCGGGCCCGUCCCCCCCCGUACUCUCCACCUGCUGGCCGACGUGGCCAACAUGUUGGCGCUGCUCAACACCGCCGUCAACCUCUUCCUGUACUGCUUCAUCAGCCGCCGUUUCCGCCGCGCCGCCGACGCCACGCUGAGGGCCGCCCUCCGCUGCAGGGGGCAGCCGCCCCCUUUCUACGCCGCCCGCAACCUCUCCGUCACCAGCAGCCCCUGGAUCUCGCCCGCCAGCUCCCACUGCAUCAGGAUGCUGGUGUACCAGCACGACAGCAGCGGCAGGCUCGUCUGCACUUCCUCCUGA